AUGGCAUUCCUUGGGUUUCCGAAUCCAGUGCUUGUGGUGCGGACCAAAGACAAUGUCUAUGGUGUAUGGGAAGCCUACGUCUAUCAACGUGGCUGCAUAGAGAGGCUUGCCAAGUGCCACGUAGCUUCGGAAUUUCUUUCCAGAGACUAUGCCUUCACAGUUCGUGGAAAUGGAACUGAUGCCCAACUUGCUCGGAGGCCAUUGAUUCAGAGCUCUGAGUGCAAAGCUUACUACGUUGUCCUGAAGUUUCUGAACCACCUCUUCAAUUCUUUUGGUGGCACCAAUUGGCUGUUCUUCAUUCCAGAGGAAGAGGACCGGCUGAGAUUUGGCGGCGACUUGGAGAAAGCAAAGCUUCCACCCGUUGAAGGCAACUUUAACCAUGGAGCGUACCAGGGCGGAGACAAGCUCCACAUGAAGAUGGAGUCUGUCAAAGCAUGGCUGGAGCAGCAGGAUGCUGAAUUCUUCGCUUCCAUAUCAGAAUCCAUUGCCCGUGACCGUGGCAUUGACUUUGACACUGACAUGGUCUAUGCCAGCUUCGAAACCUGGAUGGAUGAGAAAAAAAAUCGAACUGAUGAAGCACAAGAGAAAACAGAUAUGGUGGGGGAAGAGGAGCCGAACUAUGUUCAUGAGGAGCCGUACACCACAAAGACUGAGCUGUACAAGUAUUUCGCAGGGAAGGCACCCACUCAGAUGAUCAGCAGUUUUUUGCAUGAUGAACGGAACCAUGGAUUUGCAGUGAUUCUGUGCGAUCUAUCACAGCCGUUGGAAUCAGAAUACACUUCCAACCAGGGUGAAAUGUCAUCAGGGCCAGAGGACGCACUUCUUUGGGCUGCAAAGAGGGCUGCAGGAUCCUGGUUUCAAAUGGUCAUUCAGAUCGCAGAGAUUUUGCAAAGCGUUCAAUUUUCGAGGCAUUUGCGGCUGACUCUACCAGCUUUCACCCCAUUAGCUGAUGCACCAGAUUGGCUGAAGAUCGAAUUUCAGCUCCUCAAUGCUGCCUGGGACUUUGCAUUGCAUUUGAUGUCAACGAUUUUGUGGACGAACAUGAUGCAUACAUACCGACUUCCACAUGCCACAGCAAUCUACCUUCUUCCUGAAAGCGAACAGCGGGAUGAGACAUUGGCACGUGUCAAAGCAAUGGUGGCAACCUUGCUGAAAGCUGAGCAGCUCUAUGUGUCAGACAAAGUUGGCCACCUUUUCCUUGGGAAAUGUCUCAAAGAUAUUGGAUGGAAUUUCCACCAGCUCCCAAGAGAAAUCAUGGGGUUUAUGGUGCAGGGUCUUGAUGAAUCAUUGAUGGCGCUCCUUCACAAGAUGUACCUGGGACCAUCCACCACAAAGGAGAUCUGUGAAAGCACAUUUAGCUGGCUACAUUUCAAAGUGCAAAGUACAUCUCGAAAUUCGGUGAUGAGUGAUUGGAGCAAGUACGUAUAUUGCAUUCUGAGUCCCUACACAGCUGCCUCUGGCAUGAAUCAGUUGCUUCCGGAUGAGGAUGACUGGCACAUCAUAACUUCAGAAGCAGGGAAGCAAUUCAGAUCAUCUGCCAGCAGGUUCAUGUCUAUCCAAGCGUUUUUGAUGCCUGAAGAUGUUCCAGGUCUGGAUGCCAAGGGGAUUGACAAGACUUGGAGUAAGGCUGGUGUCCUGAGCGAUGAGCGCUGUAUUGCUGCUAUGGCAUACAUACUGGAAGAAGAGAUCAACAACUGGAAGCACAUUGCAACACACUGGGCAGGCUCAUUGCUGGUUCAUGGAGAGGUAUACCACAACAAGCUGACGAAAUCCUUUCUUCUGGCAAUGGGCUUUCGUGAUGAUCAGGAUGAGUAUGGAUUGCUCAAGGCAGCUAUUCGAGCAAAAGUCUUUCUUCUUGCAGAGAAUUUGAAGACAAUCAAUGCGAAACUUGGCGUAAAGCUGCCGCAAUUCCCGAACGGAUCUGGGGUGAAAGGCUCAGUUAUCAAAGAAGAUCAUGCUCGAGCCCUGGUCCGCUUCUUGUUUUCUACAGAAGAUGAGCAGACCCAAGAAGAGCUAGUGAAAGCACUUGAACCAGAAGAGUUGGCUGCUCUCAAGAGGGAAACCCUCGCUCGAGGGAAGGCCCUUCCAGAUGCUUCUGAUGGUGAUGGACAAGAGGCCGCUCCAAAAUCCAAUGCACGGUCAGCAUCAGAUCAUCCAGAAGCUGAUGCAACUGCUAAAAAGGCUCGAACGGCAACUACUCCGCCAACGCUAAAGAAUCUUUUGCCAAAUCAGGGCAAAUCAAGCAAAGAGGUGUGGAUUCUAAGGAAUCCAAAGACAUUUGGAUAUCAGAUUCGAUAUCCGACCGGUUCUUGGGAAGGAUUUGGAGAUGAUUUUUACCUCCUAUGCCAAAAUAGCAAUUGA